AUGGAGAGUGAAGAGGGUAGCUGUCACCUCCAAAAUGGUACAGAUGGAGGUGGAAUGGACAGGAAAGUGGCAGAUGGAGUUCAUCUCUGGCUGAAGAUGAUCUCUUUGAUUGUGUUGGCAGUUUGCUGUGCUGUGGGGACCCUGGCAUGUGGGAACGUGGCCCUCAGAGGGAAUGCAUCUCAGUCAAGUACUAACUGGGGAGGAGAUGCGAACAGAGCCAUCGAUGGGAAUCGAAAUGCCUUCUAUGGUAACCUGUCUUGCACUCACACUAACACCGAUACUGAACCCUGGUGGAGUCUCGAUCUAUUCACUGCUGUUCCGGUGUUGUCUAUAAAGAUCACCAAUAGGCAGGAUUGCUGCUGGAAACGCUUGAGAAACAUUGAGGUCCGUGUUGGCAUUUCCCCCUCCAACCACGGCAACGAUAACCCAGUAUGUGGAAACAUUAUGGGCCUCAGAGCAGGAGAAACUAAAGUUCUUAACUGUCAUGGAAUGCUUGGUCGAUUCAUCAACAUCUUCAUGAAAGAAAAAGGGAUCCUGACUCUCUGUGAGUGUGAGGUUUAUGCAAACAUCUGA